AUGAAGAUCACAUACUUCCCCACCGCCAUCUUGGCCCUCCUCCUGAGUUCCCUUCCCGUGGCUCUAGCUAGAGACCACUACAAGGCGGAAUACAGGUGCACAUUGUGGUCCCGCCGCUGCGCUGCCAACGGCAAUUCGGUCUUGGAAUGCGUCCAAGACGUCGACGUCUACUACUACUGGACGCAACAAGAGUUUUGCCAGCACGGGUGUGAAGACGCCCACUGUAUCGACAAGGCUUGGAACGACAUGGUCGACUCCUACGAUGCAAGGAAGGCGGGAAAAGACUUUGUCCCAUUUGAAGGUUAG